AUGAAUCAAUUAAGAGUGGCACUCAACAAAUUACCGCCUGGAGCGACCAUCAAAAUCCUCCGCAAAGUGUUUAGUUUACCUAGUCCAGCAGCAAGAUUACUAUUACAUGAUAUCACAAAGCCUCGCUCAUCGCAUAAGCCAUGGAUCCAUAAGGUCCCUUGGAAUGGUGAAUGGUCUGGUUGUUGGGUCGGUGAAAAUGUACGAAAAUUGGACAAAGCCUCUCUCAUGAAGCGCAUCAAUGAUUGUGAUAUUGUCCUAUUUAAUGUGCAUGGCGGAGGAUUUCGAAUUGGAACUUGCACUAUGUUUAUGGACACCUGGAUUGAAUGGAUCAAAGCUUUAAAGCAUAAUUACGGCAUGGAAGCCAUCAUCAUGAGUGUGGAUCACCGACUAGCACCAGAGUACAAAUACCCCAGCCCCGUCGAAGACGUCGUGCGAGCCUAUGAGCAUUUGACCCGAACACUACACAUCGAUGCUGACAAAAUCAUUGUAACAGGAGACUCAUCUGGUGCGUCAUUGGUGCUAGAAAUGCUCUUUAUCACACAUGAUCCCAGCAUGUUUGAGAUUGUUACAGACGACGAUGAUCCCAACGCCAAUCAAGACAGCAGUGAACCCAAACUCAAUCAGCUUCCAAGGCCUGCUGGCGCUGUGUUUAGCUCUCCCUUGGUGACGGACGAAACCACCUCAGAAUCUUGGAAAACCAACGUCAAAUACGAUUAUAUUUCUCAAUAUACUGCCAAAAUCAUCAAAAAGGAUUACUUUGAACCACUAGGCCCUGAUUCGCCUCCAGAUGCCAAUCAAGUGCUGGGCAUUGCCAAACUAGAGACAGGCUUCAAGGCAUUUCUACCAGAACAAGUCUUGAUGUUUGUGGGUAAUCGAGAGACAUUGCGCGACGACGCUUUGGAUCUAGCCAUGAAGGCAGAAAACGAUGGCGUCAACUGGGAGACGGUGAUUGAAGACUGUGUCCACGAUUGGUUUUGCGUAAGAGAAGUGGUCAAAGACAAGAAGAUGCUCAUUCGCGCAGACACCACAUUUGCAGAUUUCUGCUAUCGGUCUGUUCGUGGUAUUCGACGCAAAAGUGCAGUGGGCCCCAUGUCAGUCAAGAACAACAGCCAAGUCAAAGUGCUGUACGAGCUGAGCCGUAACAACAGUGCUGGUGGAAGCUUCAGCGAUUUCUCUUCAAUACGACGCUCAAGCGAAGGGUUAGAAGCAGUAAUUGAAGAAGAAGACGAAGAAGAGGCAGCUGAGGCGGCUACAUUCUACGAAAGCCUGUUCAAUGAUGAGGAUGAGAGUGAUUUCUCAGACACAGAAUUCGAAUCGCCUCUAUCGAUUGCUAGCUUUGGCAAGAAACAGUUUAGCAAAGCAUCUGUGGUUCCAGAAAAGAAUGGUAAACAGAAGCCCAAAACGGUGUUUGUUUGA